GAUUACCAUGCGUCAUGACGUCACGCGGAAGUAAUUCAACCAAGAUGGCAGCGUCCUUGACACAGGCAUGUUUUGAUUACACUCGAGUCUCAAACAUCCUCAACAGUUGCAAAUGUCCGGACUGCACAACUGACAAGAGGAGAUUUUGAGUGCGGAGCAUGGAGAGACGAGAGUUUAUCGCGUCUUUGGUGGCAGGGGGCGGUGCAGGGAUGUGUGUGGAUCUGACCCUCUUUCCCCUGGACACCAUUAAGACUAGACUGCAGAGUCAGCAGGGCUUCUACAAGGCAGGGGGCUUCAGGGGCAUCUAUGCUGGAGUCCCGUCUGCAGCGGUGGGCUCCUUCCCAAAUGCCGCUGCUUUCUUUGUCACCUAUGAAUGCACAAAGUCCCUGCUCGGUGCUGGUGAAGGCCUAGCAGCACCACAGGCGGCACCUGUCACUCACAUGCUGGCCGCCUCCCUGGGAGAAAUAGUGGCAUGUCUAAUCCGGGUGCCCACAGAGGUGGUCAAACAGAGGACCCAGGCUUCACCCUCAGCCACCACCUACCAAAUGCUGCUGGCUACACUCAGAGAAGAGGGUGUCCAGGGCUUGUACAGAGGAUACAGGAGUACGGUUCUCAGAGAGAUCCCGUUCUCGCUGGUGCAGUUUCCACUUUGGGAAUAUUUAAAGACUCUGUGGUCAUGGAGGCAAGGUCACACGCUCUACUCUUGGCAGGCUGCAGUGUGCGGAGCUUUUGCAGGUGCAGUAGCUGCAUUUGUUACCACUCCUCUGGAUGUGGCAAAGACCAGAAUCAUGCUUGCAAAGGCCGGGUCGACCACAGCAAACGGCAACAUCCCGCUGGUACUCUAUGACGUGUGGAAGAGCCGAGGCCUUUCAGGUCUGUUUGCGGGCAGCAUACCGAGGAUAACCCUUAUCAGUGUGGGUGGUUUCAUCUUCCUGGGAGCCUACGAGAAGGUCCGCCGCUCUUUGCUGUAGCAGCUCGUCCGCUGUGACUGGCCUGAGCCCUGAGCCCUGGUGGAUUAGCAGCAGGGGAAGCAUCUCUGGAAGUAGCUCCCUCGUCCCUUGGAGGCCCCCCGCGCCUCCAUGCUGGUGGGCCCCGAGAAGCAAGGAAGACCUCUUGCCCAUCCACUGGCCUGAUCGCAUUACCUGGGGUGCUGCAUUCCUGCUCAUCAGUCCCCAGAGCUUCUGGAACAGCACCGGCGGUUUGGUGAAAUGGAGCCACACCCUGUCACACAAGACUCAAUGAAGCAUCUUUACUUUUCUG